UGGAACCUUCCGUCCGUCGACGGUUUAACCAGGUUCAAAAAGCGGGCCAGAGGAACGACCACUAAUUAUUUGGCGCACCGGAGGAGACUCCGCGUUCCGAGAUAAGGCGGCCUGCGAAAAAGGUUCGUCGUCCUCGUAGUGCCCCUUGCGGGACCCGCAUGCCUUCCAGCCCAUCUUGACCGUCCGUUUCCUGUGCUCGUUUUGGGAGGAUUCAAGCGUGGAAAAUAUGAUGGAUCGACAACUCUGACAGCGCUGACGAGGACAGAGAGCGAAGAACAGAAAACCCGAGGCCACCAACGGCCUCGCCUUCUCCCUCGUGAUAGAUUCAUAAAUAGACUCUUCCCAGAGCUCCGUCGCCGCCGUCGCCGUCGCAUCGUCUCCGUGGAACCGGAAAUGGGCGCUCCUGUCACGGUGGUGAUGGAGAGAGAGGCAGGAGAAAAGGAGGAGAAGGUCCACGUAGGAGACGCGGAAGCUAAACCAGAUGGGGAUCAGAAGAAAGAAGUCGACGGAGGAGGAAAAGGAGCAGGGGCGGUCGUGGUGGCGGUCGAUGCAGCUCAGAGCGAGACGAGGGCCUCCAGGUUGCAGACCCAGCAUCCGGUAGCCUCCAUCCAGGUCGUGCCCCGUGGCGCCGCCACUCCGGCCACCCCCGCCGACGCCUACCAACCCACACUGACCCCGUCGCAGGUGGGUUUGGCGUCGCUGAAUUCCAGAGCGUACACCAAUAGGAUAUCCCUCCUCCUCUUCGUCCUCCACCUGCUGGUGGCCGCCGCCGCCGUAUGCUUCUUCUGCUUCAAGGGCGUCGAAGGAGUCCUCGAUUUCAACUCGGAAAAGGCUCGGAAGGAGCGCCACGUGCUCAAGUUCUGGCUCCCGCCCAUCGAAGGCGCCUCCGUCCUCAGCAUCAUCCUCGCCUUCGCGUGGCAGAAGGCCAUCCGGUCAUGGCCCUCCGUGAUGGUCUCCUUUAUCCUCUGGGCCUGCUUCUUCUCUACCAUGGCUGCCGGCAUCCUGCUCCUCUGCUUCUCCCUCCCGGCGACGGACGGUCUCGGCGUCGCCCUCAUCGCCUUCUCGAUUGGCGCCGGUCUGUACGCGUGCUGGGUCACCCGCCGCAUCCCCUUCGCUGGAAAGGUCUUCGCCCUCGCCCUUCGGCCGGCGACCAAGUUCCCAGAUCUCAAUGGUCCGGCCUAUCUCAUGAUGGGCGUAGGCUUCCUUUGGAUCUCGGCUUGGUGCUUUGCAGUGAUCGGAGCGCUCAACUUCUACUAUCCACCGCUGACCAUCCUCCUUUUGGUGCUGAGCCUUGCUUGGACAGCGGAGGUGAUGCGCAAUGUAGCCAAUUUGACAGUGAGUCGGGUUAUUGCCCUGUACUACCUCAGGGGGAUGCAGUCCAAUACUCAGUUCAGCUUCCAGCGAGCCACCACCAUUAAUCUCGGCAGCGCUUGCCUCGGGUCGCUCUUCGUGCCCUCCAUCGAGGCGCUACGCAUCAUUGCCCGCGGCCUCAACUUGCUGGAGGGAGAGGAUGAGUUCUUGUUCUCGUGUGCGCACUGCUGUCUUCGGGUCAUGGAGUCCAUCUUCCGCUACGGCAACAGCUGGGCGUUCGUCCAUAUAGCGGCGUACGGGAGGGGGUUCGUGGCGGCGUCGCAGAGCACAUGGGGGCUGUUCGAGAGGCACAAGAUGGAGGAGCUGGUGGACUCGGACAUCACCAGUGCCGUGUGCUUCUUGACGGGGGUCACCAGCGGCGCCCUCUCCCUCAUCUUCGCUGCUUCCUGGACCUUCUCCUCCCACAAGCACUACACGGCCACCGUCUCCCUCCUCGCCUUCUUCGUGGGCUAUCUCAUGACGAGGAUCGGCAUGGCGUUGCCGCAUGCGUGCGUCGCGUGCUACUUCGUUUGCUACGCCGAGAACCCGAGCCCGAGGCUGUUCGACGACACCAUCCCUGCCCGGCUCAACCAGAUCCGGUCCGACAGUGAGGGGUUCGUGCCGACGCCACGGUUCCCCCGGCGUCACCCUACAACCUAAACGACGGAGGCGGCUCUGCCUUCAAUCGCACUCCACCGCCGCCGGCUCCUCUGCGGUUAGUCGCAGUAAGACUUCAACCGUGGUGGGUGGGCGGGCGGGCUAU